ACGUGAAAUUGUAUUUUUAAUGCGUUGUGGUUACUUAUUUCUCCCUUAGCCAACGGCCUCGAAGCAGUCGUCCAUUGGAUUAACCGCCAAAUGAAGCCGCCAAAUGUUGACAGUGACGUUCGGAUGGAUGGCGAGAACGACAAUGCUAUAGCCUACGCUGCUUGUGCAAAUCAUCACCAUUUUCAAAUACAACCUCGUCUUCCAAAUUUGAAUCGAUUUAAUUAAUCUGUCCGUACUCGUCUCGCGGAACAACCACCGCUCACUUGUUAAAAUUAAAAGAUGGGGAAGAAGAAAGUGAUGUUGCCCGCGAGUGAGGUUGACUUGUCCACAGUGAAAUAUCAGUAUGAGAAAAUUGAAGCGCCACAUUUGACUGGAUUCAGGCUCAAGUUGUUUGUAAAGUUACUUGAAGCACCGUUGGUUGGCUCUUUGAUAAUAUCUAACUUGAAGAAGGAGAAUAAAAUGGUUGAGAUAUUGAAGAAUACUGUGAUACCAGAGUCUCCCAUGUUUAAACCUGAGUUUCCUCCUCAAGAACCAGAGACUGGCGUUGUUCUGUUGGAAGAAGGUGGAAAUCCUAUAGAGAGAGUUGAACUUGCCUUGAAGUGCCUUCCAGAUUAUGACCCUGCUAACAAUUGGAAUUCCGAUACUUAUGCAUCUUUCCGCUAUUGGAAGAUUCGUGAUUAUGCAUAUGCUUACAGAUCUAAGCUCACCACCCCAUCUAUAGUCGCAGAGCGCUUCAUCUCAGCAAUUGAAGUUUUCAACAAUAAGAUGCCCCCGGCACCACUGCUGAUUUCUUACGACCCUGAGCAUAUAAGAAAGCAAGCUGCGGUUUCCACACAAAGGUUUGAAGAAGGAAAACCAUUAUCAAUCUUGGAUGGGAUUUUUGUGGCAAUUAAGGAUGAUAUCGAUUGCUAUCCUCAUCCCUCAAAUGGUGGAACAACCUUCUUUCACAAGAUUCGCUCUGUUGAGGAAGAUGCAGUUUCUGUGUCAAGAUUACGUAGUUGUGGUGUGAUCUUAGCUGGAAAGGCAAAUAUGCAUGAAUUGGGACUAGGAACGACAGGAAAUAAUCCAAAUUAUGGGUAUGUUAUGCAUAGCAACUACUUCACUAGUGAUAAAUCACAUCCUUACUGCAGAGUAGUAAAGGAAAAGAAAGAAGAAAGAAGAGAGAACCGGAGAUCUUAUUUACCACCCCCAGUACUAAUAAUCAAAGGACAUGAAAAUUAUGCUUAUCUCAUCCCUGAGUUUCUCCAGAAACGUAGUCUCACUCUCCCGCAAAAUGUCAUUCAAAAGUUUAUGGUUAUAUUGUUUCUCUUCAUGAUGCUAUGUGUUUGUCAUAUAAUAACGCUGUUUUUCAGAUCUCUAUGUGACUCAGGGACUGUAGAGAUUAUUGGAGCUAUAACAUCUACUGUUGAGGAUGCAAUCCUUGUGUAUGCAGCAAUUUUGGGAUCCUCAAUUGAUGAUACAACCGCUUUGAAACCAUCACUCCCUUGUCUGCCCGAUUUAUCUUCACAUGACAGUUCAAGUACUCUGGAAUCAAUUCGAUUAGGGAGGUACACAGAGUGGUUUAAUGAUGUAUUCUCAACUGAUAUCUCUGAGAAGUGUGAGGAUGUUCUCAAUCAUUUAUCAGAAACAUAUGGGUGCAAAACAGUGGAGAUUGUUAUACCAGAGCUUCGUGAGAUGCGCACGGCUCACCUAGUUUCAAUUGGUUCUGAACCGCUAUCUGGACUGAAUCCUGAAGUUGAAGAUGGGUAAGAUCAUUUUACCUUUGGGAUUUAUCAGUAUGCAAGACAGCUUUAAGAAUGCAUGCUCAGAAA